AUGAGGAGAUUCGCCUUGCCCGCCUGGACCGUUCUGUGGAUCCUGGUCCCACUCUGCUCGGGACGUCCCGCUGUCACUGAGAGACUCAUCCGUGACACCCGCCUCCUGGCCCAGACCGUCAUCAGCCGCGUUCAGGAGCUCAACAACCAGUUCAAGCCAUCCCCAAGCCUCGUCAUCAGUGGACUUGACCUGAUUCCGGAACCACUCAAAGAGAAUAACCUGGAGAACCUGGGCACAGUGGAGGAGGCACUGGGCUGCUUUAUUGAGAGUCUGUCCACUCUCCAGAUAGAUAACACUAUGCAGAUCCAAACUGAUGUGAAGAACCUCAAAGUCCUAGUUAGGUCUUUAGCCACUUCAUAUGGCUGCUCCAUCUCUAAGUGUGAGAAGGCACAUCACCUGAAGAAGUUUCUCCGGAAGAACUCUGCUUUCGUUUUCACCAUAAAGCAUGUGGUUCUGGAUAGGCUCCAAAAAUACCUCAGUAGGCUGCUCAGGACUUUGGACAACCCCAGGAGCUGCAGGGCGUCUUAA